AUGUCGGACCAUGGCGGCACGACACCUCUGGAUCGCCAGCUCGCCGAACUCCACCUGGACUCUGCCCGUCGAACGGCCGCAUCCAGAGCCGAUCCCGCGCCCGCUGUCCUCUCGCUGCCGAAACGCACCACUGCGACCGGCUCCCUGCAGACGGAUCAGCCCGCAGACCAACAGCAGCGCUCAGCCUUGCUGCGCCUGCCCCACGACAUCCGCCUGCUCAUCUGGGAGGAGGCCGUCGGCAAGCGGUAUCUGCACCUUGCGCAAUCGUACAGCGAGCACGCCUCAUCCUCGGCGACCGCUCUUGCGGCGCAACAGCAACAUGGGCAGGGCUAUCGCGGGUAUUUCGGCCAGCGCUGCCUGGAAUGCAAGCCUUCGUGCUUCCACUGCACGCUGUUGGCUGCGACUGAGUUCACCGACUUUGAUGUAAAACUAGCGGCCAGGCGCAGGGCGAACGCGGACGUAAGGGGCGUGGCCGCGGUGUUGCUGGUCUGCAAACUUGUAUACAACGAGGCCGUCGAAUUUCUCUACAAAAACAAUACCUUCCAGUUCACUUCCCCUCGCACCCUCACUGGUCUGCACGAUUACCUCCGCACCCCCCGCUGGAACGCCAUUCGCACCCUUCACCUCCACUGGAGUUUCCGCGCCCCGCUCUUCGCUCACUACGACGCCCUUAUCCGGCAGCUCCGCUCUGCCAGCAGUUCGACCAGCGAACCCGUCCUGCCUGAGGAGACGGCAGCCACUCCGUACUACGACUUCGACGACGAACGCAACGCGUCCAUCCUCGCCGAGGGUGUCGACUUUGACGACGACGACGACGACGAAGUCGUCGUAGAAGAAGAAGGAGGAGACGCGACGCAGGCACGGUCUCACCAGACGCAGCAGCAACAGCAGCCACCGUACGACCCCACGCUCGACUCGAUGCUGUACUGGCAGCACCCGCUGCUGGAGUCGAUGCCCAGCAUGGAGAUCGACCGGGCGCACUGGGAGUGGGAGCACUGGCGCGACGCGUGCGCGGCCAUGUCCCAGAUGCGCGGGCUGCGCGACCUGCGCAUCUGCCUGCGCACCGGCCUGGUCGCCGCGCCCGAUCAAAUGGCCCUGUUCCUCAGCCCGUUGCGGGACGUUCGUCUGGCUUGUGCCGGCGGCGGCGGCGGCGGCGGCAGCGGCGGCGGCGACGAAGGCAGCAGCAGCGUCGGAGGCCGAAGCGGCGGCGGCGAGCUGGUCCAGGCGUCGGGGCAUGGGGCGGAGAGGGAGAUCGGAGCGGACGAGGACGGGAGGAGGUGGAAGCUGGGCCUGUUGUGCAGCGACCGCGACGGCUGGGCGGUGCAGCAGGCGCUGGACCGCGCCGGGUUCGCGUGCGAUGUGUCCAGGCUGGUUGCGCAGUACUGGCCGCCCGAAGUCAAAGUGGAGCCGCCGCCAUUCAACGUGCAGUACAAACGGUGA